GCAAGUGGAAACCUGGUUACAAUCUAUUCACAAGUCCAAAAGAAAAACCUAUUUGAAAUCAAAUAGAAUGGAUAUCGAUGAAUAAUAAAUUGCCUAUACCAAAUAUUUAUUCCGGUCUUAAAUGGGAAUUUUCAAAUUAAUAAGAAAUGAUAUUUGUGCUCCUAUUUAUGUGUUACUUGGUAACGUCGCUGCUAGCAACGAUCAGACGUAAUGGUGAAUUUACUUAUAGGGUCAUGGAAAAGCUUCAUAUCUUAUAUAAAAUAUUUUUAAGAACCCUAAUAAACACUUUUGUAUAUAUUCCAUUUCAAAGUAAGCUAUACUAGCUAGAUAAUAAUUUUCUUAUUAAAAACUUACAUUUUGUUCAUUACUAACUUCAACGUUGAAAAAUUAAAUAAAAUAAAUAUAUAUAUAUACAGUAUAUAUAUAAUCUAA